CUUCCUUCUAAAGUAGUAGUAACAAAAGUGCCCAGGCAAGGAAUACAUGAUUAUACUCCGCACAAGGCUUCCAGGCUGAAAAACAACAACAAUGAACUUGUUCUUCUGCUUGACGGUGUUUGUAGGAAUUGUUUUCACUCCCUGUUCUCAUGGCCAAGGCCUUGUGAAAGAAACAACCAAUGGGUCAACUACUUUGCAACCCUGGCUGGUGGGAUUAACUGCUGUUAUGGUCUUCUUGUUUGUGAUGUUUGUGGCAAACCUCAUCAAUCGAAUAUUUUUCUUCCAAAAAAAGAAUGAUAAGGACCAGAUGGAGACCAUAGAGACCAUGCGCAGCGCUGAGGAAAAUGUCUACGAAAACAAAGCAAUGGAUCCAGAAGAGGGGGAUUCGGACACCAAGAUAUAGGGGAUCAUAACAGCAUGUAAAAGGCCUCUAGGGAAGGAGAGGACCAGCUGCCAUUACAAUGACUGAAUUCAGUAGUUACUAAAAAGCCUGGACAAGAA